AUGGCCGGAAGUAUCACGAAACCCAAGAAGCCAAAGUCCAAGCGAACUACGGUUCGUCUUCGACACAAGAUCGAGAAGGCCUCUAAUUCCAAGCAGCGCAAGGCGAGAAAGGACGACAAGAAGAACCCACAAUGGAAGUCCAAGCUAAAGAAGGAUCCCGGUAUCCCCAAUCUGUUCCCCUACAAGGAGAAGAUUCUGCAAGAGAUUGAGGAUGCCCGAGCGAGGAAACAAGAGGAGGCCCAGAAGCGGCGCGCAAUGGCCAAGGCGGCCAAGACGGGUGGCAAAGUCAACGAAGACGACGACGAGGUUGAAAUGGAGGGAGACGACGCGGAGGACUUGGAAGGAGAUGACGAUGUCAUGGAUGAAGACGAUGAAGGCGACAACUCAAACCCAAUGGCAGCUCUGAUUGCCAGCGCAAGGAAAGCCGCCGAGAAGUACGACCACGAGCUGCAGAGCGGCAGCGAGAUGGAUGACGAGUCCGACGAGUCCGACGACGAAGGUCCCGUAGGCCCGGCAACCUCAAAGCGGGCCUACGAAAAGGUCUUCAAGCAGGUCAUCGACCAAGCAGAUGUCGUUCUCUACGUGCUCGACGCCCGUGAUCCCGAAGGAACAAGAUCGAAAGAUGUCGAACGACAGGUCAUGGCAGCAGCAAGCGGCGGAAAGCGUCUCAUUCUGAUCCUGAACAAGAUCGAUCUGGUUCCACCACCCGUUCUCAAGGACUGGCUCACAUACCUACGAAGAUACUUCCCGACCAUUCCCCUGCGUGCCUCGGGCCCCGCCCCCAACGCGCAGACAUUCAACCACAAGAACUUGACCGUGCAGAGCACCGCAACUCAACUGUUGAAGUCUCUCAAGUCAUAUGCUGCCUCGAAACAGCUCAAGCGUGCAGUAUCCGUGGGUGUCAUCGGUUAUCCUAAUGUCGGAAAAUCGUCCGUCAUCAAUGCUCUGCUUUCCCGCAUGGGCGGAAGAGGCGCUGCCUGUCCCGCUGGUGCUGAAGCGGGUGUCACCACGAGCAUUCGAAACGUCAAGAUUGACAGCAAGCUGACGCUUCUCGACUCGCCCGGUGUUGUGUUCGCCUCAGCAAAGGAAGGAGAGUCCUCCAAGAAGAAGCAAGAUUCAACUGAGGCACACUCCAGCCUCGUGCUCCUCAACGCUGUGCCUCCCAGAGAUAUCGGAGAUGCCCGACCGGCAGUCACCUUGCUAUUGAAGAGGCUGUCAACCUCGCCCGAUCUUCUCCAGAAGUUGAUGGACGUCUAUGACCUGCCACCGUUGUUGUCCACCGAUGGCGACGCUACUACUGAUUUCUUGGUCCAAGUUGCCCGCAAGCGUGGCAGACUUAGCAGGGGCGGUAUUCCCAACAUAGAGUCGGCUGCCACAACAGUGGUGAUCGAUUGGAGGGAUGGUCGUAUUCAAGGCUGGGUCAACGCUCCUGUCCUACCCGUCACGACGGACACUUCUGGCAAGGCCGCAGCUGCGACGCCAUCACACAGUGCUGCUCCUGAUCAGAAGCAGAUUGUUACCGAAUGGGCCAAGGAGUUCAAGCUUGAUGGGCUAUGGGGAGACGACGAGGCUGCCGAAGCAGCUGAUGAUGCUAUGGAGCAGUGA